AUGGUCGCACACAAUGAUAAACGCUUGCUAUGGCACCCGCGACACCAGAACCGCUUCGUAGUCGGUGGAGGAUCACAGAUCACGCUCUAUGAAUGGGUUCCCGACUCCUCCGAAAUCAAGCAAGUCACCGCACAGCAGGACCUGCCGCACAUGAAGUGCUUUGCUUGGUCCCCUGAUGCAGCCUUCGACGAUCUCAUCGCUGUCGGGCAUAGCUCUGGUAAGGUAGAUCUAAUGCGACUGGAGGCCAGCAAACAUCCCAAGAACGCGUCUUGUCUAGCGGACCCACUGUGCCGCUUCCAGUCCGCAACUCGCGUCCGCGGCGAUCAUAGUGUAGUUGUAUGGGAUGUGCACGCAGCCAUCCCUCUCCUCUCCCUCAAGGCGGAAUCCCCGAAGUCCGCGACUCAUCAUGCACCCUCGUCCAGCCGUUCGAACAACCAGUCUCAGCGCGACAUCACGCCCAAGUCUGGUCCGCGCAUCUUUCAACAACAUGCUCCCGCGGAGAUGGUCUCCUCCGUCGCAUUUCUGCCCACUUCAUCCAGCUUGCUGCUCGCUGGAAUCUCGCACCGCUGGUUGCGUCUCUUCGAUUUAAGGUCUCCGCAGGAUUCUCCUUUAAGCGUGGCGAGCAAAGUCCACGUUGUAGUAACGGAUCCGUUCGAGCCACACCGAAUAGGCUGUUUUGGAGACAACGUCGCCACAAUAUGGGAUGCUCGGCGACUAGCACAGCCGUUGCUGACAUUCACGGAGAAAGAUGCGGGAGCAGACGGCGUACGAACGAAGAACGGCUCCGAGUUCAUGACGAUGGAGUUUUCGAAUACGCGGAGAGGAGUGCUGGCUACCCUCGGCAAAGACGCACACCAUGUCAGAUUCUGGGACUUGCAACAAGCGGAGGUCGUUGAUGCCAGCUCUCCAGAUCGGGCGCGCUCUAGAGACUCGUCGCAAUCUAGCAAGAUAACUCGCUCAUGGACGAAUCCUUCCAGCAUCUUGCCGUCCGCUUGGACUGGAAGUGGAGGGUCGAACGCAUCACCUGUGGCAGCGCCUAAUGAACGUCGCUCCCCAUACCAUCUGGUCCUCUCGGACACCCGGAAGACGAAGAACUUCACGCGUCCGCUCGCCUCCUUCGCCCUGGAGGGCGACCUCGAGCUAUAUGCAGUCCAUGAUACACCAAAGUCUAUACCAUGGAGUCCUCGCGGGGACCUCGGCGUCGGGCUCGCAUGCUCAUACAGGGUCUUCCCAGGCAUCCGCGAUCUCAAUCCACCACCAGAACCAUGGGAGAUCCAACUCCCUUCGUCCGCACCGGGUUCGAAAGCCCACUCAGUCGACAGGCAUGCCCCAAAGGAAGGUCCUCCCCCGUUGUUUGGCCGAGGAGACGAGGAUGGGUUUCCUGCGCUGCCGGUCAAGUCUCCGAUGACUCUUUCGACGUCGAGGUCUGGUCGGAACCGCACUUACAGCCCAUCUGCCCUCCGGAAUCUGCAGUUUGAACACUCUACCUUAGCGCGGCAGCCCCGUCGUCGCCAUGCCCCUGUCAGUCCGGCCGCGCCUCCGCCUCCGGUGACCGAUGUGUUGCCCUUGAACGGCGGUGCUAUGCCUCACAAACAACAUCAUGCUCACUACGGCGGCAGCAAGCUGACUACUGAGAAGGCGCUCCAGAAUCUGGUGGAAGAGGACAUCUCGAUGUUGAUGCGUCAGCGCGUCGUUCGGGGUUACGGGUUGGCCAGCCUCUGGCAUAACGCGAUGAUUGCACGAGAUACUUCGUCAGAUCCUGCCCUCAUCGAGCUCUGGCGCUGGCUACAUCACUCGCAGUAUUUGCUAUCCAAACCAGCACCAAGAGUUGAAGGCUUUAACUUUUCCUGCCAAGGUCUUCUUGGAAUCUGGGAAGGCUUCCCUUCAAGCCAUCCGCAGGUAUCGACAUCCACGAAUACAACGCCUCGCGUGAUGGCCCGGCGGAGUCGGAACGACUUGGACACUACCUCGUGGAAGCCGGCUGUGAUGACGUCCAGGUUGGUGCAGCGACACCUGGCAUUGCAUUUAUGUGGUUGGAGUUUGGCUGAAGAUGAUCUCUUGCAAGCUAUCAAACGAUGGGAGAAAGAAGGCAGGCAUUCGCAAGCCGCAUGUUGGCUCAUAUUUACGGACAGGUCGAAGGCUGCGGUUGACUUGCUGAUGCGAAGCGAAGACGAGUCGCUCCACAUGAUGUCCGGUAUGCUCGCUGCACUGGCGCCUGCCUCCGGCGGGCCCGUCAAGAACCCCGACCUCGUCGAGCACUGCGAACGCUUGGUCGUCCGCUUACAAGACCCUUACCUCCGGGCUAUGCUCACAUAUCUUGCCGUGAGGGACUGGUCAGAAGUUCUACAAGAAGAGGCACUACCUCUACGAGAACGGCUCGCCAUCGCUUUUCACUUCCUAGACGAUAGAGAUUUGGGGUCUUACCUCCAUCGUGUCGCCGACCGAACGUUGGACAUCUUGCAAUCCUAUGUCGACGUCACUGGCGAUGUGCAGACGGCGGUGGUCCUGUCUUCGAUGACCCCUGCAGGUGCCCAUGACACUCGGGCAAGUCAUUGGUUGGAUGCUUACCAUGAUCUACUCGAUGGCUGGAAGCUCUUCCACCACCGAUGUCAAUUUGACGUCGAUCGCGGACGCGUACUGCAGGACGCUAUUCAGAACGACGAGCUGGCCCGAUACGAGUGGGCGCCGCGCCAGAUACUGCUUCGUUGUAACUACUGCAACAAGCCGAUAGACUCGCCUCACCACGAGGCACGGAGUAAUGCUCCUAGGGCUACUGCUUGCCCUCAUUGUGGCCGUCCUCUACCGCGGUGCUCCGUAUGCCUCAUGGCACUCAGCAUUGUGCAUGACUCGAUGCGGAACGCGGCACUGAUCCGUUCGGGCUCUGGGGGUAUGUCCACCGUCCGUCACCGUUAUUCGUACGGCGAAGUUGACGACCUCUCAGACACCAUCGAUGACGCACUCGUCUUUUGUCAGACCUGUCGCCACGGAGGGCACGCGUCUCACAUCUUGCAGUGGUUUUAUGGCGAGGAUCGACGGCGCUCUCAUGGGACUUGCCCGGUUGCUGGAUGUGACUGUAGAUGUUCUGACGGUUUCUGA